UAAGGAUGCCUUAAGAAGAUCACUAUGGAUAAGUAUAUUAAAGUGCGAAAGAUUGGAGAAGGCUCCUUUGGGAAAGCAAUUCUUGUCAAAGCGAAAGAAAAUGGCCAACAGUAUGUUAUUAAGGAAAUAAACAUCUCUAAGAUGUCAAAUAAAGAGAGAGAAGAAUCAAGGAGAGAAGUUGCUGUAUUGGCUAAUAUGAAACAUCCGAAUAUUGUCCUGUAUAGGGAGUCAUUUGAAGAGAAUGGCUGUCUCUACAUAGUGAUGGAUUACUGUGAAGGAGGAGAUCUAUUUAAAAAAAUAAAUGCCCAGAAAGGAAUCUUAUUCUCUGAAGAUCAGAUUCUGGAUUGGUUUGUACAAAUCUGUUUAGCACUGAAACACAUACAUGACAGAAAAAUCCUGCAUCGGGACAUAAAGUCACAGAAUAUAUUUUUAACCAAAGAUGGAACAAUACAGCUGGGAGAUUUUGGGAUCGCCAGAGUUCUUAACAGCACUGCUGAAUUGGCUCGCACUUGCAUAGGAACGCCAUACUAUUUAUCGCCUGAAAUAUGUCAGAACAAACCUUACAACAAUAAAAGUGAUAUCUGGGCUCUUGGUUGUGUUCUCUAUGAAAUGUGCACACUUAAACACGCGUUUGAAGCUGGUAACAUGAAGAACUUGGUACUGAAGAUAAUCUCUGGACCUUUUCCUCCUGUUUCUAUGCAUUACUCCUAUGACCUACGUAAUCUGCUGUCACAGUUAUUUAAAAGGAAUCCUAGGAACAGACCAUCAGUAAACUCCAUAUUGGAGAAAAACUUUAUAGCCAAACGGGUUGAAAAAUUUCUCACGCCACAGCUUAUUGCAGAAGAAUUCAAUCACAAAAUCUUCCAGAAGUUUGGACCACAUGCUGCACCAGCUAAAAGACCAGCUCAAGAACAAAUACUGACUUCAGUUGCACCAGCUCAGAAAAUUACCAAACCUGCUGCAAAAUAUGGAGUGCCUUUAGUGAUCAGGAAGUCUUGUGAUGCACCUAAAAAGCCUAAUGAGAAGAAGCCAUUGGCUAAAUCUAGACAGGCCUUUCCAACUCCAAUGAAGAAAAUGAAUCCAGGAGAUGAAAGGAGGAAAAUGUUUGAGGAGCCUUCAAAAAAGAAAAGGUUAGAACUGCCUGAAAAAGAAAAACGCCAGAAAGAUCAGAUCAGUUUACUGAAGGCAGAUGAAAUGAGAAGAUUGGAAAAAGAAAGGAUGGAACGAAUAAACAGAGCCAGGGAACAAGGAUGGAGGAAUGUGCUUGGUUCAGGUGGAAGUGGUGAUGUUAAGGCAUCAUAUUAUGGCUGUGGAGGUGGUGUUGGUCCUUUUCCUGUGUCUUCCAGAGGACAACAUGAACACUAUCAUGCUAUUUUUGACCAAAUGCAACAGCAAAAGGAAAACAUUAGAGUAGCUGAAGAGAGGGAAUCCAAAUUGAGGGCAAAAGUGCAAGGCCAAGAAAUUAUUGAAAGAGGAAUUCCACCUGGAAUACGUCCAGGAGUUCCUAAGGGGCCUGCAGGUCAUCACCAUUUACCUGAUGCUGGUGCAGUUAGGAAAAAAAUGAAAAGAUUGAAGGAGGUGUCUAAACAAGCCAAUGCAAACAGGCAAAAAGGAUGGAUAGCUGGAGAUAGAGCAAAGCAAGUUGAAGAAUUCUGGCAACGAAAGAGAGAAGCCAUGGAAAACAAAGCUCGAGCUGAGGGACACAUGGGUACACUGCAAAACAUGGCAGAUACCUAUGGAGGCAGGCCCAUUUCUGCAAGAGGAAGGAAAUCCAGAAACAAGGAGGAAGAGGAAUAUUUGGCAAGAUUAAGACAGAUCCGGCUACAGAACUUUAAUGAACGUCAACAGAUUAGAGCAAAACUUCGUGGAGAGAAGAAUGAAGCUGCCAGUUCUGACGGACAAGAAUCAAGUGAGGAAGCAGAACUGAAACGCAAAAAGAUAGAAGCACAGAAGGCCCAAGCAAAUGCUCGAGCUGCAGUUCUGAAAGAACAGUUAGAGCGAAAGAGAAAGGAAGCAUAUGAAAGAGAGAAAAGAGCCUGGGAAGAACAUCUGGUAGCGAAAGGGGUAAAGAAUCCUAAUGUGCCUUUGCAUGUGGGAGCUACAGAACACAGUCCUGUGCAUGGACUACAAGAGCUUGGGGCAGCUGCUCUUCCUAAGCCACAACUUCCAGUGAAGCCUGGUACACCAGUCAUCUCCAUGACUUCUGCUUUGAAGGAAGUGGGUGUGGAUGAAAAUAUAACUGCUAUCCAGGAAGCUGAGGAGGAAAUAAAAAAGCCAGAAUUUGCAUUGCAAAAUAAACGAGAAAUACUGAGAAGAUUAAAUAAAAAUCUUAAAGCUCAAGAAGAUGAGAAAGAAAAAAAGGAGUUUAAAAAUAUCUCUGAAUCAUCUGGGCCUGAAGGUGGUAAGGAACAACAAGAAGGUGACCAUCCACUUCUAGGAGAUCGCAAAAAAUGGGAAUCUGGGGCAUCUGAGUUGGUAGUUCCUCUAGCUCAUUUAUCAAUGGAAGAUUCUCUCUCCGGAACAGACCGACAAACUCUGGGGGAAGUAAUUAGAUUAGAUAUUGGUGAACCCCACAGGAAAGUCUGGGGCAAAAGCCCUACUGAUUCAGUCCUGAAGAUCCUAGGAGAAGCAGAGUUGCAGCUGCAAACCGACCUACUAGAGGAACUAGAUGUAAUAAAUGGUACUGCAGAACUUCUUGAAGGAGAUCAUCAGUCCUUAAUUGUAAAAGAGGAGAAGGAAGAGAAAGCUUUUCCUACGGUCGAAGCUCAGCCUUCAGUACCAGUUGGUAUCACAGAGUCUAACAUCACUAUGCCAGAAGACUCUCAAAGAGCUGGACCUACCGAGGUGCAGAGCAAACCUAUAAUGCUGGAUGAGCCUGAUGAUUUGGAAGCAGAGAUGUUGGAAGAAACAGAAGAAGGUAAAAAGCACCAGAGUAAGGAGAGUAAGGAAUUUCCCAUCACUGUUAAUGAAGUGUGGGUAAAAGAGAAGGAGGAUAAGGCACAACAUGACAGAAGAAAUGAGGCAGCUUCUGAGAAAGUAGUGCUUAACAAGGUGCAACCACAAAAGGAAGCUCCGGAAGAAACUUGUUCCAGUGACUCUCUGCAACCUGAACCCUUAUUUCAGAGGGUAAUACAGCCCCCAGCUGUACCAACAGCCUCACCAGUUCUGUCAACUCAGUCUUCACAGGAAGAGCCUUUUGUACCUCGUUCACGUUCCAUAUCGCCAGCAAAAAAUAAAGGCAAAAGUUCAUUGUUGAUUGGACUUUCUACAGGGCUUUUUGAUGCAAACGACCCAAAGAUGUUGAGAACAUGUUCCCUCCCGGAUCUUUACAAACUGUACAGAACUUUAGUCGAUGUUCCCAGUGUAGCAGAUGUGCAGCAUCAACAUAAUCUUGAAAUAGAUGAUACGGAAGAUGAGCAAGCCAAAGAAGGACCCUCUGAUUCUGAGGAUAUUAUGUUUGGGGAGGCAGAUACAGAUUUGCAGGAACUCCGGGCCUCAAUGGAACAAUUGCUUAGGGAGCAGCCUAGCGAGGAAUUCAGUGAAGAGGAGGAGUCUACUUUAAAGGCUAACAUCAUUGACUGCAUUACAAACGGUACAGAGCUGGAUGAAGGAGACGAAAAUAACCCCAGCAGUGAAAGUGCACUUAAUGAAGAAUGGCAGUCAGAUAAUAGUGAUGGAGAGAUUGCCAGUGAAUGUGAAGAAUGUGAUAGUAUCUUCAGCCAUUUGGAAGAGUUAAGAUAUAACCUGGAGCGGGAAAUAGGCUUUGAUAAAUUCAUUGAAGUUUAUGAGAAAAUAAAGGCUAUACAUGAAGAUGAAGAUGAAAAUAUCGAUAUUUGUUCAACCAUAGUUCAGACUAUUCUUGGAAAUGAACACAAACACCUCUAUGCCAAAAUACUUCACCUAGUAAUGGCAGAUGGAGCCUACCAAGAAGAUAAUGAUGAAUAAACCUGACUCAGGAAGUUCCUUAAUGCUGUACUACAUAUCGGUGUUUGAAGUCUGCACAGCUGAAUAACAAAUUGUAGUGGAGAAGGUAACGUAGGGCAGGAGAAGCAAGACUUCAAAAAAGAAUGUUGAUUGUACAAAAAAGAGGAAAAACAUGCCUUUUAAAAACUGAGAUACCUAUACACUUCUCUUGUGUGUACUUGCAUAUGUGUUCAUUAAAUAUUAGAUGCCCAAAAUAAAUAAAAAACAAACAAAAAACAAACAAUAAAACAAAAACCCCCAAAACCUGUCAUCUCUCAAAUUCCAAAAGAAAUAUAGAAAGGAAUACCUGCAGAUAAUCUGACACAAAACUGAGACCUAUACUGUAAAACAAUUUCUGCCAUACCAACAGCUGGCUGGUAUGGUUAAGCAAUUGGAAGCAUUACUGUGUUUGGAAGUACCUGCAUCUAGCUAUUCACUUACAUACUUAAAAUAGCCUCUCUUUAUACCUACAUAAAGAAAUUACUUCGUCUUUAUUGACCCUCAUGGUUGUAUUUUAAUAGCAUCUUAAUCCAGUGGUCCAGUUUGAGUAUUUAACUUUUUUGUUAAUAAAAAUUACUGUAUUUUGAAGCUGAAGGCUUCUAUCACUUUUUAACCAGUGCCACCUGAAAUAUCUUAAUCAUGCUUCUAAAUCAAGGCAAACUGGUACUUCAGUCAUUGUUGAAAUGUCUGGGGUUUUUUGAGACUGUAAAAUUCAUCUGGAGCUAGAAUACUUUUUUCCAGUAUUUUUCUUCCUCUUCCCCAACCCCUUCCCAAAAUUCCAAGUAUUUUAGCUCUUAUGAAUUUUGUAAUCUGGUCCAUGAUAGCAUAGUAUGCUGUUGAAUUGAAAGGAGUGGGGCUUUUUCAGUUUGUUUUUAAACUCUUACUGUUACACUCAUGGCUCCAGCAGCCACGGGGAAAAAUGAAAUAUUGCAGGCACAAGUGCUAUGUACUACUACUCAUCUUUUGGCUCAUGUUUCGCAGCUUGAUUUCUACCACCCCGAAAGAAAAACAGGUUUCUUCUGACCCACAUUUACCUGUUCCUCCUGUCAAAGCAGUACUAUAGAGGGCAGACAUUAGGUAUGCCGUUGUUUUCCAAUCAUCAUCUCUGGAACAGCUUUAUUGGUUUCCCAUACAAUAAGUCUCUUGUUACAAAUCUGAUGAACUGUCAGACUUCCAACUGCCCUAUUGGAGAAAAAUAGAUUUAUUUUUUUUUUUUUUAGCUACAGCCAGUUACAAUC